AUGGGCUCACUGCUGCCAAUGCCAAACGAACCACAUAAAUUCUUACAAAUCUACUUUAUGGGCGACGAGGAUUCCGGAAGCGCACUUGCCAAUCGCGUGAAUGCACGUUGUGAUUAUAAUAACCUUGAUUCACUUUAUGCCAGGCGCAUCGUCAGCGAGCUAGAUGCUCUUUUGAACGAGCACAACGAGUUGUUGAAAAUAUUCAAAUCACAUAUGCACCAAUUACAAAGCGAUAAUCACGCUAUCGUCAUUAAUCCUGAUAAUACACCAGCUGGAGAGCAUAUUCGUAGAUUGAAUGCAUCCAUUGUUGAUGAUGUUGCUGGAAUCAUGGUUGGCGAUUGUACAGCUGCACGAGAAAUUGUGAUUCGUAGAAGAAAUAAUAAUCUUCAGUUCAUUGCUGACACACAUCGUUCAUAUGACGCUCUCCAAUAUCCGCUAAUAUUCUGGAAGGGACAAGACGGAUAUUGCAUAAACAUAAAACAACGAGAUCCCGUAUCAGGAGCUGAAACAAACAAGAAAGUUAGCUCAAAGGAUUAUUAUGCGUACCGAUUAAUGAUUAGACGUGGCCUGGACAACGUCAUUUUACGAUGUCGUGAGCUUUGUCAACAAUUCAUGGUCGACAUGUACGCGAAGAUAGAAGGCGAACGACUACGAUACUUACGAUAUAAUCAACAAAAGCUGCGCGCGGAAGAGUACAUUCAUUUGCGAGACGCUAUAAACAACAACGCCGACGUCGCCGAAAUUGGUAACCAUGUCAUUUUACCAUCAUCGUACGUAGGCAGUCCACGUCAUAUGCAAGAAUAUAUACAGGAUGCUCUGACUUUCGUGCGCGAAUAUGGACGACCAUGUUUAUUUAUCACGUUCACAUGUAAUCCAAAAUGGCCAGAGAUUACAUCUUUGCUACUGCCUGGCCAAAAUGCAAUACAUCGCCAUGACAUUACAGCACGUGUUCAGACAAAAGUUGAAGUCUUUAAUAAGUUUCAUUACUAA